AUGUCUGAGCACUUGACCAUGUUUAUCGUUAUCCGCAAGGAUCUCAUCAAGGCAUGCCACGCCACGACAGCCGUCCUUCACAAGACCAAGGAUCUCCCAGAUACACGCGAGUACCUCUCAGAUCUCCACAACAUGCACAAAGUCGUCCUUGAGAUCAAGAACUUGCCACAGCUGGAGACUUUGGCUGCAAGCCUUUCAGGAUUGGACGUGCCUCAUGUCACAUGGAGGGAACAACCCGAGGAUAUCUUGACGUGCAUCUCGACUGGGCCUAUUCGUAGGAGUCAGGAAGUCAAGGAUGCUUUCAAAAAGUGCUCCCUCUUCCGGUCAUGA